AUGUCUUAUUUGGAUUCACUUAAUUUACUUCAACCAUUAAUGGUUUCUGCAUUAAAGAUUGAUUAUAAUCCAUUAGUAUAUAAUGCCAAAGAUAUUUCAACAGAUAUUGAAAAUAAAAUUGAUUCAAAAUGGUCGGAAUUAACGAAUAAAAACGAUAAAAUUUUGUUUAAUGAUUUAAAAUUUCGAUUAUACGCCUCGAAAAUCAAUGAUAAUAAGCAAUUAGAAUUAAAAUUGGGUUUAACAGAUUAUAAACAUUUUAUUGGUACUCAACAAUCCCUACCAGAUAUAACAUGUCAAUUACAAUCACUGGGAAAACAAGUAUAUAGUGAUGACAGAGCUUAUUUAUCUUAUCCACUUGGUGUCGGUUUAUUAUUGAUAACAUCUGAUAAUAAAAUUGUUUUAUUAAAACGAAGUUUAUCAUGUGCCGAAUCACCUGAAAUUUUUGAUCGACCAGGUGGACAUCCAGAACCGAAGUAA